GGCCGCCGCUCCGUGAGGGAGGAGGAAGGAGGCAGCAUGGCGGCGGCGGGGCCGGGCGCUGCGGGCACCGCGCGGGUGUCGAGCGGGCGGGAGUUGGGCUGCGUGCCGGAGGUGGCGGCGGCUUUGGGGGCGGUUGCCCGGCAGGGGUUCGAUUUCCUCUGCGCUCCGCUUUUCCAUCCCCGUCACCGCCGCGAGUUUCGUUUGCUGCCCGCCAAGGAGCGGCCCGGCCCUCAGACCCGCUCCGACCUGCUGCUGGCCGGGAGGGGUGCGGCCGGGGCUCCGUGGGGUCUUAUGGGGCUCUGUGGGGUCUUAUGGGGCUCUAUGGGGAUGGUGGGAUUUGAUGCUGACUCUGGGAUUUUGGGGCUGAAUUGUGGGUUUUUUGGGCUGAAUUGUGGGGAUUUUGGGGCUGAAUGCCGUUUUUUGGGGCAGGCCCUGCAGCAGGAGCUGGACUUCGCAGCCUACCUGGGGGUCCCAGCCGUGCUGCUGGCCCUCAGGGGGCCCCACUGCCCCAACCUGGCCAGGGGGCUGUGUGCGCAUCUGCAGGGGGCUCCGCACGGGGCUGCGGUGUGGGUGCGUGUGCCGCUGCUGGCCCCCGAGGACGGGCGUGAGGACGCCAUCGUUAACGAGCAGCUGGUUAACGAGGGCGACGGGCGGCAGGAGGAGCGGACGUGGCACUGGUGGAACAACUUCCGGACUCUGUGCGACUACAACAAGAGGGUCGGGCUGGCGCUGGAGGUGGGCCCUGAUUUGCCAUCGGCGGAAGCCAUCGACCGCUGGUUGGGGGAGCCGCUGCGGGCGGCCAUCUUGCCCACCAGCAUCUUCCUCACCAAUAAGAAAGGCUUCCCUGUCUUAUCCCGGCCCCACCAGCGGCUGCUGGGCCGCUUGCUGAAGCUGGAGGUGCAGGUGGUGCUGUGGGGCGCCCCACACCAUGAGCCCAAGCCGCUGAGCGCCUACCUGCAGUACCUGGAGCAUGUGGGGCAGAACCGGCCCCCGCCCUCCGCCUAUGAGCUCUUCGCCCGCGGCUACGAGGAUUAUCUGCAGUGCCCCCUGCAGCCCCUGAUGGACAACCUGGAGUCUCAGACCUACGAAGUCUUCGAGAAGGAUCCAAUCAAAUACAGCCAAUACCAGCAGGCCAUCUAUAAAUGUCUGCUGGACCGCGUGCCUGACGAGGAGAAGGAAACCAACGUGCAGUGAGUGCUUGUGGGGCUGCCCCAUAGCGACCCGUAACUGCCCCAUAGCUGCCCCAUAGCUGCCCCAUAGCACCCCAUAGGG